AUACGUUGACUUAUAUCCACUAAUCACAAAGAUAUUGCUACUUUAUAUUUUAUUUUUGGUGUAUGAUCGGGAAUGUUAGGUACAAGUUUUAGGAGAUUAAUUCGUCUAGAACUAUCUCAACCUGGUGAUUUCUCUAUAGAUUUUGAUUAUUAUAAUUCUGUUGUUACUGCUCAUGCUUUUAUUAUAAUUUUUUUUAUAGUAAUGCCUAUUAUGAUAGGGGGAUUUGGUAAUUUACUGGUCCCCUUAAUAAUUGGGGCUACAGAUAUGGCCUACCCUCGUUUAAAUAAUAUAAGAUUUUGGUUAUUACCACCUUCUUUAUCUCUUUUAGUAAGUUCUGCUGUUGUUGGGUCUGGGGUUGGUACUGGUUGAACUGUUUACCCCCCUCUUUCUAAUGGUAUUUUUCACUCAGGGCCUGCUGUUGAUUUCGGUAUUCUUAGACUUCAUAUUGCUGGGGUUUCGUCUAUUUUAGGGGCCAUUAAUUUUAUUGUUACUAUUUUUAAUAUAAAAGUCCAAGGUAUAGGUUGGUCCAAUGUUCCUCUAUUUGUAUGGUCUGUUUUUAUUACUUCUUUUCUACUAGCUUUUUCUUUACCUGUUUUAGCAGCUGCUUUGACUAUAUUAUUAACUGAUCGUAAUUUUAACUCUACUUUUUUUGACCCUGUUGGUGGGGGAGACCCAAUUUUGUACCAACAUUUAUUUUGGUUUUUUGGUCAUCCUGAGGUUUAUAUUCUUAUUUUGCCUGGGUUUGGUAUUAUUUCUCAUACAGUAAGGUUUUAUAGUAAUAAAAUUGAGCCAUUUGGAUCCUUGGGAAUGAUUUAUGCUAUAAUCUCUAUUGCUACUUUAGGUUUUAUUGUAUGGGCUCAUCAUAUAUUUACUGUAGGGUUGGAUGUAGACACUCGGGCUUAUUUUACAUCAGCUACUAUAAUUAUUGCUGUUCCUACGGGAGUUAAGGUUUUCAGAUGAUUGGCAACUAUAUUAGGCGGAAAGUUGGACUUUAGCCCAUCAUUCUUAUGGUCUAUAGGGUUUGUUUUUCUUUUUACUGUUGGGGGGUUAACUGGUGUUAUUCUUUCUAAUUCUUCUUUAGAUGUUAGUCUACAUGAUACUUAUUAUGUUGUUGCUCAUUUUCACUAUGUAUUAUCAAUAGGUGCUGUUUUUGCUAUUAUAGCUGGUAUCACACAUUGGUUUCCUGUAAUAUACAACAUACCAAUAAAUCCUUAUUUGUUAAAAGGUCAAUUUUGGGUUAUAUUUUUAGGUGUCAAUUUAACUUUUUUCCCACAACAUUUUUUAGGGUUAAAUGGUAUACCACGUCGUUAUUGUGACUACCCUGAUGGUUUUACUUAUUGAAAUACUAUUUCUAGUCUUGGAAGUUUUAUUACUGUUAUAUCUAUUGUUAUUUUUAUUUUUAUUAUAUGAGAGGGUAUGAGAAGAGGGCGUGUCAUUAAUUAUUAUUCUUCUAAUUUAAUUUCUUCUGAGUUUUAUUAUGAGAGCCCAGCUCCUUCACACACUAAUGUGGAAGCUUGAAAAGUUUGUAGUGGGGUUGUAAUAAUUUAG